CAGGUGGUGCGCGUCGUUGCUCCAAUUUUGACACCUGCCCGAUGCGCCAAGGCCUGUCGUGGGCUGAAGAGCACUUCUGAGGUCGUGUCUGGCUGCUGCCGAGAAGCGGUCCGUCGCUGCGCUCUGUGUGCAGCAUUUGAGGCACUUAAAGCACUGAGUGGAUCUGCGCGCUGUGCUGGGCCGGCGCACGGCUAAAAAAAGCCCGGACCGCUGCCAAGCGCCGCAGCCAUGAAGCUGCUCGAGAACCCGCGCCUCUCGGCGCUCACGGCGUUCCUGUCCCAAAGACGGCUCGGUGAACGCGUGCUCGACGGUCGCGUCGAGGCGUUCUCGUGCAAGCGCGCCGGCGAGGACAAGAAGCUGGCCAAGGAGCUCGAGGCGCAGUUCGCCGCCGAGUCUAGGAACUCGCCCUCGUCGAUGGAGGCGUCGUCUCCGUUAGGAGCUCUCGCGCAGCCGGCGACGCGGCGGCUCCUCGUGGACCUGAUCGCUACAUUAAAUGCGAGCUUCCCGGACCACGACUUUUCGAAUCUGCGGCCCGAGCAGUUCUGCCGCGAGGCCGGCGCGCAGUUUGCCGUGCGGGCUUGUGCGAGACAUCUCGCGGAGCUCGCGACCGCAGAACGGUUCCGCGCGCCGGGCGGCGGCGAGUUCCUGGACGAGCUCUGGGCCGCCAUCGAGGAGGCUAUACAGUUAAGGGAGUGCGAGGUCUACUCCUAUGUUCCAGAUGGCGAGUCGGAUCCCUUCUCGGAGGGCGCGCUCUGGUCCUUCAACUACUUCUUCUUCAACAAGCGGCUGAAGCGGAUUGUGUACCUGAGCUGCGUCGCGCGGUCGCGCCAGCUCUGCCCGUCGCCCUUCUCGGACGUCGAGGACGAGUACAGGAUACGCCAGGACGACUCCCAGGACGACUUUGUCGGGGGCGACCUGAUGUUCGACGAGGACUAGAUUCGUGCCUAAGUAAGUACAUACUCCACAACA